CAACAUCACUCUUCCGCUGAACGGCUGGCUAUGCAGUAACCAACAGUCCCGUGUGACAGUAACGUGGAGCAUGUUUUUCCCGUUUGGAGUAUAUAGCCAAAGUAAUUUCGUCAGAUAAUAGUUUCUUUUGGGGGACGUCUGGAUACCUCUCAAAACGAGGAUGAUGCAGCAGUAUCUUUGCAAGUGACAUCCAAAUCAUGAUACCACCCCCACCGCCGCCACCACCACCACCUAAUGCCCCACCUCCCCCUCCUCCUCCACCCCCUGCCCUCUUCUCCGGUGGAAGCCCGUUUACCAGAGGGCCGACACGGGCCUCUAAAAUGCGUAAUUUUAAUUGGGAGGCCAUACCUAAGGACACUGUGCUUGGCAAACAUAACAUAUGGACAGCUGAGAAGAACAGUGAGUUUGAGUUGGACACCAAAGGUAUGGAAGAGCUAUUCAGCCGCAAUGACCAGAAACAGGUCCAGGUCACAAACCGCUGCAGUGUACGCCAGUCCCCGAGCCAUGCCUCAGGACCGGAAAUGGUGACCAUCCUCAACUCCAAGAAGAACAUGAACAUUGGUAUCUUCCUCAAGCAGUUCAAAAGGUCAGUGAGUGGAAUGAUUGAUGACAUUAUCAACUGUAGAGGAGAAAGAUUUGGUACUGGGAAACUGAAGGAGUUGUGCAAACUACUGCCAGAGGAUGGAGAGGUGCGUCAGCUUCUUGAUUUUAAAGGAGACUAUUCAACUCUCUCCGAGGCAGAUCGGUUCAUGGUACAACUUGUCAAAGUUCCUUGCUAUGAGGAACGGUUGAACAGUUUAGUACUCAAAGAGGAAUUCUCACAUUUUAUGGAUGAAGUGAAUCACUCUGUUGCAGUCAUGACCUCUGCUGGACAAGAGCUGUUGGAAUGUGCUGAUCUACAUUCAGUCAUUCGAUUGGUCUUGAAGACAGGGAACUACAUGAACUCUGGAGGGUACGCUGGCAGCGCAGUGGGUUUCCGGAUACCAUCUCUUCUCAAACUAGCAGAUACCAAAGCCAACAAGCCUGGAAUGAACCUCAUGCACUAUGUUGCGAUGCAAGCUCAGAAGAUUGAUGCAUUGCUGCUGAGGUUCCCAGAGCAACUACAGCAUAUUGGAGAUGCAGCAAGGAUCCAUAAGCAGGAAAUCGAAUCUGAUUUCCAAAAAGAAGUGAGUAAAGUCCAGGUGGCAAAGCAGAAUGCUAGUAAACAGCCAGAUCUGGAAGAACAGAUGAGGGAUUUUCUGCAGAAUGCAGACACCAGGUUAACGGAGACUGAGGCAGCGUUCAAAAACCUUUCUGCUGUGUGUGAUUCGGUGGCGGAGUAUUUCUGUGAGGAUCCCACUCAGUUCAAACUAGAGGAGUGUUGCUCCAUUUUCUACUCUUUCUGUGAGAAGUUCAAACGAGCAGUUCAGGAGAAUCUUGAACGAGAAAUGGUCGAGGUGAAGCGCAGACAGCGAGAGCGUACUCAGAUUGCAGCCAAGCGACGUUCCACCGCCACCUGCUCCUCACGAGACAAAGACGUGGAAGGAGUUGCUCUGGAGUCCAUCCUACAGAGGUUUAACAGUCGCCAAUCCCACCGUAGAGCCGGCACCGGUUCACCCACACGGGGAAAUCUUACUGAGACCACUACGCCGGAGAAACGCCCCGCUGACAACAGAGAGGUCAAGAGAGACAGCUGGAUCAAAAGGGCCAUGCAAUCCCCCUUGAUCAAGGAGAGCACUGAUAAGGAUGAGACGCCCAAGCACCCAGAGAUUACAAUCUCAAGCCCGGUGCAGGAAAGUGCCGAUUCCUCAAUCAAUCAACGUGUCUCUGUAUUCACGGUGGAGGAGGAGGAAGAUGUCCAGAUAGAGAAAGAGGUGCAAAAUAUGAGAGAGGUGUCACGGAAAGUUUUACAAUUCCAGUCCAGUCGAAGUAGCAUUUCAUCCGGUGAGACCCUGUCACCGAUCCUGUCUCCCAGGCAGACGUUCGUCCAGGAAGACAGAAGACAGCUGCUGAUUAUGACCAUAGAAGAAAACACCUCUAAAUCCAGCUCUCUGCUGCAGAACGGCCAGAUUAUCAAUCGCCGGCACACAAUCGCACUUCCCGAGGCCAGUUGUGAAACUACCAGCCAAGAGGAUCUAUUCGUGCCUAGUAAUCUAAACUCAUCUCCGGCUCCCUCUAUAGGUGUUAUUGGAAAAGGGAAAUCUGUGGAAUGCGGUAUGAUUGCCACACUACAAAACUCUACAGAGACUGUUGAAGAUUCAGAAACCAAGCCGCUUAAUUCUCAAGAGGAAUCACAAUCUGUUGACUCAUCACAAUCACAAGCCCAGCCAGAGUUGAAGACAGAAGAGACAGAGCCUAGCUUGAAGUUUAGUACUGGGAAGAGAAAUAGCCAAACAAUAUCAUUUAAAAGCACUAAAGAGGGCUUCAGCUUUAUGUCUUUAUUUAAGCGUUGGCGUGAAAAAGACAAAUCAAAUGAGCUUGAUUCUGACAGUGUGGACCCAUGAUCUUAAAACAAAAACAUGUUUUCUGUUUAUUCAGGCAUUCAUGCCAGGUGUUGUGCUGCGUUUAUGGAAAACAAGCUUGGUGCUUUGUCACUGUUUGCUUGUUAAAACAGUGAAUGGACAUUUAUUUAUAAAAGGAGAAAAAAAUAAUGCACAUGCAAUUACACAGCAUCCUAAAAACAUAAUGAAUUCAAAAAUCUUGUUGAGAUCAGUUGAAAACGAGACAUUUUACCUGCAGAGCUCUUUAUGCAACACAAGGGGGCAGUACACGACAUUUUUCCAUGAUGAUCCAGCUUCUGUAGCUGCAAAAAUGAACCAAGACUCGAGAAUAAUUAUCCUCAGUUUAGAUGAUAUACUGACCAAUCAAAAUAGCUGGUAAACCUGGUUGUUAUUCAACACAUAAAACCACAAAUUGUAACAAAAAUAUUUUUUCUUUGAAAAUAAGUGUACUCUUUGAGUACACAGUCAGAGUGUAUUGUCUGAUGAAUAAUUUAAAGUUUUAUUAUUAGUAGUAGUUUUAUUCUAUUGACCUGAUAGCUUAGCCCAUACCACAUCAUGUUUCUGAAAAUUGUCUCUGAAUGGUCAUUGCAGUCUGAAAUUCUCCUUCUUUUGACAGACCAGUCCACAGAUCAAAGCACUCGCCUAUCCAUGAUGAAAUAGAGAGUUUCAUGUAAUUUGUGGUUUUCAAUGCUCUAAAAAUGAAAGAAAGUCUUUUAUUUGAGUCAUUGCUGGUAAAACCUCUGCAUUUGAUUUUCAAUAUAAGAUUU